AUGGAUUGUGACGGUAAAGGAUCGAGUUUACUGUAAGUAGAACACAGUCGAUGUUUACAUCUAAGCAAUAAAGAAACACAGUUUUCAGAUUUCAAUAAACAUUAUCACAUGGUUAGUUAUCGGCAUGCUGUGUCAACAAAACAUGUACAUGCUUUAUGCUAAUCCAUUUAAAGGUAAACUUUAAUGAAAUAAGAGAGGAUCAUAUAUAACAUAUAUUAAUAUUUAGUGUUAAUAAAACAUUACAUUGUUAUCCCAUUCUCUUGUUUCUCUAUUGUUUCAGUGAGUGAGGAUCAGUGUCCUCCUCUAAGCAGUGUCUAUCUGCGUGCUGACACUGAUUUAAACAGUUAGACAGGCAGACUGCACCUCACACUGGAGGGAACACAGCAGCUCCCACUGGAGGGAACACAACAGCUCACACUGGAGGGAACACAGCAGCUCACACUGGAGGGAACACAACAGCUCACACUGGAGGGAACACAGCAGCUCAUACCGGGGAGAACACAGCAGCUCACACCGGGGGGAUCACAGCAGCUCACACUGGGGGGAUCACAGCAGCUCACACUGGAGGGAACACAGCAGCUCACACUAUACGGAACACAGCAGCUCACACUGGAGGGAACACAGCAGCUCACACUGGGGGGAACACAGCAGCUCACACUGGGGGGAACACAGCAGCUCACACUGGGGGGUACACAGCAGCUCACACCGGAGAGAACACAGCAGCUCACACUCACACUGGGGAAACACAGGAGAACACAGCUCACACUGAGAGAACACUGCCCACACUGGGGAAACACAGCAUCCUCACACUAGAGGGAACACAGCAACUCACACUGGAGGGAACACAGCAACUCACACUGGGGAACACAGCAUCUCACACCGGGGAACACAGCAGCUCACAGUGGGGGAACAAAGCAGCUCACACUAUACGAACACAGCAGCUCACACACACUGGAGGGAACACAGCAGCUCAUACCGGGGAGAACACAGCAGCUCACACCGGGGGGAACACAGCAGCUCACACUGGGGGGAUCACAGCAGCUCACACUGGAGGGAACACAGCAGCUCACACUAUACGGAACACAGCAGCUCACACUGGAGGGAACAUAGCAACUCACACUGGAGAGAACACAGCAGCUCACACUGGGGGAAACACAGCAUCUCACACUAGAGGGAACACAGCAACUCACACUGGAGGGAACACAGCAACUCACACUGGGGGGAACACAGCAUCUCACACUGGAGGGAACACAGCAGCUCACACCGGGGGGAACACAGCAGCUCACAGUGGGGGAACACAGCAGCUCACACUAUACGGAACACAGCAGCUCACACUGGAGGGAACACAGCAGCUCACACCGGGGAGAACAUAGCAGCUCACACCGGGGGGAUCACAGCAGCUCACACUGGGAGGAUCACAGCAGCUCACACUGGAGGGAACACAGCAGCUCACACUAGACGGAACACAGCAGCUCACACUGGAGGGAACAUAGCAGCUCACACUGGGGGGAACACAGCAGCUCACACUGGGGGGAACACAGCAACUCACACUGGAGAGAACACAGCAGCUCACACUGGGGGAAACACAGCAUCUCACACUGGGGGGAACACAGCAACUCACACUGGAGGGAACACAGCAACUCACACUGGGGGGAACACAGCAUCUCACACUGGAGGGAACACAGCAGCUCACACUAUACGGAACACAGCAGCUCACACUGGGGGAGCACAGCAGCUCACACUAUACGGAACACAGCAGCUCACACUGGGGGGAACACAUCAGCUCACACUGGUUGGAACACAGCGGCUUACACUGUGGGGAACACAGCAGCUCCCACUGGAUAGAUCACAUCAGCUCACACUGGAGGGAACACAGAAACUCACACUGGGGAGAACACAGCAGCUCACACUGGGGGGAACACAGCAGCUCACACUGGAGGGAACACAGAAGCUCACACUGGGGAGAACACAGCAGCUCACACUGGGGGGAACACAGCAGCUCACACUGGAGGGAACACAGCAGCUCACACUGGGGGGAACACAGCAGCUCACAGUGGGGGAACACAGCAGCUCACACUAUACGGAACACAGCAGCUCACACCGGGGGGAACACAUCAGCUCACACUGGAUGGAACACAGCAGCUCACACCAGGGGGAACACAUCAGCUCACACUGGAUGGAACACAGCAGCUCACACUGGGGGGAACACAUCAGCUCACACUGA